GAAGGUGACUCAAGCAUCGGUCACAUAUGUGGCGAAGACACACCCGAACAAAUAUAUAGGUCCCAUAGAGUUUCAUGCCACUAUGGUAAAUGUGACCAAACACGCUCCUUCCUGCUGUUGAAAUUUUGAAAUGACGUGGAGGAGAAGCUUCCAUGCAUGGCCAUGGUUCAUGGCGCGGAUGAUGUCAAGUGUCAACGCGUCCAGCACCAAAGCUUCUGCCUGUAGUUCCCGCGCACCUCUAGGCUCGAGCGCUAGCUCCUCACAGUACCGCGCCCCGUCAUUUGCGCGAUCCACUUAUUCCUCGCUUCCAAUGCAUGCCUUGCAUUGCCACCAUCUACAUGUUCCGGUUCCUGGCCUUCCUUCUCCGACCUGUUUCUCUCUGUGUCUUCUCUUCUAUCCCGUGUCUCCGGCAAGCACGCGGCGCUAGCUUAGCGCCCUGCUGGUGCACCCCACGCGCGCGCUUCUCCGUCAGCUUCUCCACGGAUCGGCGGCAUUAUAUUGAUGCGCGGCGCGACGACGCAGCGGCCGUGUCAUGAGGAAGCUGUGCCCGAACCUGGACCGCGACGAUUCCCUGGACACCGUGCUGGAGGUGCCCAUCCCCGAUGAGAUGCUCAUCAACGCCCCCGGCGCCGACAAGCGCCGCGGCGCCGGGGGCGCCAACAUGCGCGCCUGGCUCAAGAACCAGGCCUUCGAUCGCGCCACCGUCGACGGGGCUGCCUCCGCCACCGCGGAGCUCCAGCUCUUCCUCAACGUCGUCGGGUCGCCGCUCAUCCCCUGCCCCGUCCCUCACGAUCGCGCUUUCAGCCGCUCCAUCCGCGACUCCUCUAUCCAAGCGUCGACGGCCAAGUACAUCAUCCAGCAGUACAUCGCGGCGACGGGCGGGCAGGCGGCGCUGCAGGGGGUGCGGAGCAUGUACGCCGUGGGGAAGGUCCGGAUGUGCGCGUCCGAGUUCCACCUCGGCGACCAGACGGUCACCACCGCCGCCGCGCAGGGCCGCGCCGAGGUCGGCGGCUUCGUGCUCUGGCACAAGACACCCGAGGUCUGGUUCUUCGAGCUCAUAAUCGCCGGUCACAAGAUGAGCGCCGGCAGCGAUGGCAAGGUCGCGUGGCGCCAGUCCGCCGCCGAGCACUCCCACGUCUCGCGCGGCCCGCCCCGGCCCCUCCGCCGCUCUCUACAGGGCCUGGAUCCACGCUCCAUCGCGAACCUCUUCUCGGACGCGGUGUGCAUAGGCGAGAAGAUCCUCCACAACGAGGAGUGCUUCAUCCUGAAGCUGGAGGCCGGCGCGGCGACGCUGCGGGCGCGGAGCGCUCCGGCGUUCGACAUCAUCCACCACACGGUGUGGGGCUACUUCAGCCAGCGCACGGGGCUGCUCAUCCAGCUCGAGGACUCGCACCUGCUCCGCAUGAAGUCCGGCAAGGGCCACCGCCGCAGCGAGAACAUCUUCUGGGAGACCAGCAUGGAGUCCGUCAUCUCCGACUACCGCUACAUCGACGGCAUCAACAUCGCGCACGGCGGCCACACCAACGUCACGCUCUUCCGCUACGGCGAGGGAUCCGUCAACCACAAGCGGAAGCUGGAGGAGACGUGGACGGUGGAGGAAGCCGAUUUCAAUGUGCACGGCCUCACCACGGACUACUUCCUGCCGCCGGCCGACCUCAAGAAGGACGUCGAAGAUCAGAAUAAGUGAUGGGCUAGCGUUCGAUUUCACGAAUUAUUAAUUGGAGGACAUAGAGAUUCAUUCGUCCAGGAUUUUUUUUUAUUAUUAUAGGGGUGGCGGCAGUUCCAUGUGUUCUUUCAUUUCUCUCGUUUUUUUUUUCUGAUUUAAACUGCAGGGGACUACAUGGUUAACUAAUGUACAGAGUACGAUAGAUAUGGGGAAUGGGGAGCUUGAUGAUUAAUUAAUUUCUUCAAUUUC